CCCAACUCCCCACAUUCCCAGCGAAUAGUGAAAAGUUCCAGAAAGCCAAGCUCCAGCCAACCUGAAUCAUCGCUGUCUGGGCCAGUAAAUCCAAAUCCAAGAGGCCAAAAACCGAGAAACCCACCAAAACCAAGAACCCGAAGCCAUGGAGAAGAUCUGGAAGAAAGUGUGCGAGCACCACGACGUCCCGGAGCAGGUGGCCAACGAGUGGUUCGCCCGCAUCCAGCAGCACCUGAGCUCCGAGGAUCCCGCUCGCGCCUACCACAACUGGCAGGAGAUGAUGCAGCGCAAGGAGCCGCACCUGGCGGGCGUGGCCAAUCCCAACAUCGUGCUGGCCGCCUUCUUCCAGUACUACCACUUCGACGGCAACCGCAGCUGCGCCGAGCAGAACUGCGAGGUCUUCGAGGAGUUCUGCCAGGACGCCGUCAUCGAGGAUGACCACGCCAAGAGCCUGGUGUGCAAUCUGCUGGGCCGCAAGACCCCCGAGAACCAGUUGACCUGGUGCCACGACGACGAGGCCAACUUGCUGCAGGACGUGGACCUCGUGGUGCUGGCGGCCUCCCCCGAGGAGUACAAGCACUACACCACCCUGCUCCGCUCGGAGUACGCCAAUCUGGACGACGCCACCUACAAGGCCAUGCGCAUCAAGGUGCUGGAGACCCUGCUGAUGAUACCAUCCAUCUAUGCCACCGGGGACUACCACGACAAGUACGAGGAGCUGGCCCGCGCCAACAUACGCAACGAGAUCGGCGAGCUGAAGAAACAGUAGAGUUGGACUACAAGAUCGAAGGAAUGCGACGGGGCUGCUGCUUUGUUUACUGCUAUUGAGUUGUGUACUUACCGGCCGUUUUACCUCGUUUCGACUGCAAGGCAUCUACCUAAUUUUACUCCUAAGUCAAGUUUGUAAUCAAAAUCACUUUCCUAGUUAGUGUGUACGCCUAGAUAUAUACGUAAGCCCUGUAGACUCUCCAGCUCACAAUAAACUUGAUGUAAAUGAUGUACCAAAA